AUGGGACAACUUCCUCAUCAUCAACCUGUGGACGUACCGGAGUCACACCAUAAAAUUUUAACCGAUGCGCUUGGAAGCUCUGAAGUCGCUAAAGAACGCAUCAUGCACAGCUACACACGAAGUUUUAAUGGUUUUGUCGCCAACCUGACUGAGGACGAGGCACGUAAGUUGUCAGAAACGGAAGGUGUGGUGAGUGUAUUCAAGAGUGGAAAGCACAAGCUCCACACCACCAAGGCAUGGGAUUUUCUGGGGUUUUCCGACCUGCUGGUUAAAAGAGAUCGUGUUGUUGAGAGCAAUAUUAUUGUGGGUGUUUUAGACUCCGGAAUCAACAUGCAAUCUGAGUGCUUCAGCGACACGAAUUUGGGUCCACCACCGGCCAAAUGGAAAGGAACAUGUGGCCCGUUUGACGACUUUACCUGCAACAAAAAAAUCAUAGGAGCAAGAUGGUUCAAAGUAGACAAAAAUAUCCCUGCACCAGACGUAGCAUCUCCUGUAGACUACAGGGGGCAUGGGUCUCACACGGCUUCAAUCAUAGCAGGACGUGUUGUGGAGGGAGCAAACUUCUUUGGCCUGGCAGCUGGAGAUGCUCGUGGAGCUGUUCCCUCUGCGAGGAUUGCAGUUUACAAGGUCUGUUACGUCGAUGGCUAUUGCAGUGAUGAAGAUAUCCUUGCGGCAUUUGAUCAUGCCAUAGCAGAUGGGGUGGACAUCAUCAACCUCUCUGUUGGUGAGGAUCCUGGCUACUCGGUGACCGAUGCCAUAGCCAUCGGCUCCUUCCAUGCAAUGCAGAAGAGAAUUCUCACCAUCGCCUCAGCUGGAAAUGAUGGCCCCUUGGAAGGGAGCGUGGUUAACUUCUCUCCCUGGAUGCUGACUGUAGGUGCCACCACCACUGAUAGGCAAUUUAUGACCAGAGUUGUGCUUGACAAUGGAAACAACUUAACUGGAAUUUCUGUCAACACUUUUGACAUGGCAAAUUCCAUGUACCCUCUGAUCAGAGGCUCUGAUGCUGUUUCAUUGGAAGGAACAUCAGUUAUGUUGGCAUCACGAUGUGUUGAAGGAUCGCUGAACGUUACUUUGAUAAAGGACAAGAUUGUAUUCUGCUUAACAAUAGGUGGGCCUGGAAAAGCUGGUGAAAUCAUUAGUGAAGGAGGAGGAUCGGGCGCUAUUAUGCAAGUAAGCGACAUUGCUGAUACUCCAGAAGUUUUCUCUUUACCAGUGACUGUUUUGGGGGAAGUUGAUGGCAAAGUUCUCUCGGACUAUAUAGAAAAUACCCAGAAUCCACAAGCAACUAUCUACAAGUCAGAAGAAAUUCAAAUACCAGCUCCAUUUGUAGCUUCAUUUUCAUCCCGUGGACCUAAUCCAGUCUACCAAAACAUCCUUAAGCCCGAUCUUGUUGCACCGGGGAAACACAUAUUGGCUGCCAGUACUUUGAAGACAUCAGUUACUGGCAAACCAAAUGAUAAGAGGUUCUCCAACUUUCUUCUUAGAUCUGGAACAUCCAUGGCGGCUCCAUUUGCAGCAGGAGCAGCAGCCUAUAUCAAAUCCUUACAUCCCACCUGGUCUCCUGCAGCUAUCAAGUCUGCCCUUAUGACUACUACAAAAGCAGUGAACAUGUCAUUCGAAUAUGCCAAGCUAAGAGAUUUUGCAUACGGUGCUGGACAGAUCGAUCCGCUUCGAGCAGCUGAUCCUGGUUUGGUGUAUGAUCUCAAUGAGAAAUCAUACGUAAAAUUCCUCUGCAAUCUGUUUGGUCCCAGUUCCAUCGUAAAUAAGUUCUACGGUGCUUAUUCGCUUGUAAACUGCAGUACGUACGCUCCACCGAGUGGACGGGACGACCUCAACUACCCGAGCAUUCUAUUUCCUAUUCGUAACCGCAAGAAACCAUCAGAGGCUGUGUAUUGGAGGACAGUCACCAACGUCGACAAUGGCCCUGCAGAGUACACAGCAACUGUGCUUGCACCUGCAGGAGUAGAGAUCAUCGUUGAACCAUUGACACUCAAAUUCUCACGUCAAUACGAGAACCAGAUCUUUAAGGUAACAGUGAGAGUCCCAGCAUCGAAUGUUCCACCAUAUGUAUUAUCUGCGUCUCUAGAGUGGAAAGACAAUGUUCAUACAAUUUUGUCCAUGUUCAAGUAUGAUCGUUCACCGGUAUCAGAUGUUUGUAACUGUUACGAUCGGGCAAUGGACCCCGAGAAGGUGAAAGGAAAGCUUGUAUACUGCGAAGAUUUUGUUGGUUCAGCCGAUUACAGUGUGCAGAAAAUGGGAGGGGUUGGAACCAUACUAGAAUCAGAUAAUGCCAUUUUUGAUGCUGCCUUCAUUUUCAUGCCACCAUCGACCAUGGUAAACCAUAAUCAAGGGAAAAUAAUAAUGGACUACAUAAAUUCCACAAGUUCCCCCAAAGCCGUGAUAUUCAAAACCCAGGCCUUCAAAGUUGCUGCUCCAUCUGUGGCUUCCUUUUCAUCUAGAGGACCUAAUCCUGUAUCAAACAAAGUUCUAAAGCCUGAUAUUGCUGCUCCAGGUACCAACAUCUUGGCUGCCUACACCGGAAUCGUGUCAAUUUCCGGCUGGCCAGACGAUGAUCGGUUUUCCAAUUUCAUAACGAUGUCUGGUACAUCCAUGGCCACGCCACAUAUAAGUGGGGUGGCUGCCUAUGUCAAAUCAAUGCACCCAACUUGGUCACCGGCAGCCAUCAAAUCAGCCAUCAUGACAACUGCUACGCCAAUGAGUUCUACUGUCAACCCAGAGGCCGAAUUUGCGUAUGGUGCUGGUCAGGUGAACCCACUGAAGGCAGUCUCACCUGGGUUGGUCUAUGACAUGGAUGAAAUGCAAUACAUUGAGUUCUUAUGCACAGAAGGUUACAGCGGAACAGCCCUAGGCAUGAUAAUUGGCUCAAACCCUCUCGACUGCUCUUCACCUCCAUCAUCAGAAGCUGGACAAGAUGCCCUCAACUACCCCACCAUGCAGCUAACUGUGGAUGGAGCCACUGAGCCGGUAACUGGUGUGUUCCGAAGGACUGUCACUAAUGUUGGGUUGGCAGACUCCAUAUACACUGCCACCAUAAAUGCAGCACCUGGUGUGGAGAUCACAGUCGAGCCCAUGACUCUAUCAUUUUCUAGCAUCGGUGAGACGCAGAGCUUCAUUGUGUCGGUCAAGGCGAAACCCAAGAAUGAUGAGAGCAUUCUUUCAGGGAGUUCGUUAGUGUGGAGUGACUCUGUCCACACUGUUAGAAGCCCAAUUGUCAUUUACUAUCCUUAG